GUCCGGUCAUGGCGGUGUGGCUGCUGAGUUCUGGCAGCGGGAGCUAUGCUGGGCUUCCUGGAGGCGCGGCAAGCCGGCCUGGACGAUCCUGGGAGGCUUCGGAGAGCGGAGGCCACCCGGAGCCUUUAAGGCCCAUUAUCUGCAAACUUUACCUGCAUCCCACUGUCUGGUAUGUAGUGGUAUUUGUUCCUGAAUGGUCCGUGCCCACAUGCUGCUUCACUUCUUUUGAGAAGAGCCUCAAAAGGGUUUUAAAAUUGGAAUUAAAUAAAGACCGAGACGUGGAAAGAAUACAUGGCAAUGGUGUCAACACCCUUGAUAUUGAACCUGUUGAGGGGAGAUACAUGUUAUCAGGUGGUUCAGAUGGCAUUAUUGCACUUUAUGACCUUGAAAACUUCAGCAGAAAUGUUCAUUACACAUGCAAAGCUAUUUGUUCUGUGGGCAGAAAUCAUCCUGAUGUUCACAAAUACAGUGUAGAGACAGUGCAGUGGUAUCCUCAUGAUACUGGCAUGUUUACCUCGAGCUCAUUUGAUAAAACUCUGAAAAUAUGGGACACAAACACAUUACAGCCUGCAGAUGUAUUUCAUUUUGAGGGAACAGUCUAUAGUCAUCAUAUGUCUCCAGUUGCCACCAAACACUGUUUGAUAGCAGUUGGUACUAAAGGCCCCAAAGUACAACUUUGUGACUUAAAGUCUGGAUCCUGUUCCCACAUUCUACAGGGCCACAGACAGGAAAUAUUAGCAGUUUCCUGGUCUCCACGUUAUGAAUAUAUCUUGGCAACAGCAAGUGCUGACAGUAAAGUAAAAUUGUGGGAUAUUAGGAGAGCAUCAGGAUGCCUGAUUACUCUUGAUCAGCACAAUGGGGAAAAGUCAAAAGCAUCUUCCGAAGCAGCAAACACAGCCCAUAAUGGAAGAGUUAAUGGCCUGUGCUUUACAAGAGAUGGGCUUCACCUUCUGACUACCGGAACGGAUGAUCGAAUGAGGCUCUGGAAUAGUUCCAAUGGAGAAAACACACUAGUAAACUAUGGUAAAGUCUGUAAUGAAAGUAGAAAAGGAUUGAAAUUUACCAUCUCUCAUGGCUGCAGUCCAGAAUUUGUCUUUGUACCAUAUGGUAGCACCAUUGCUGUUUAUACAGUUUACUCAGGAGAACUGAUAACUAUGCUUAGGGGACAUUAUAAUACUGUUGACUGCUGUGUAUUUCAACCUAAUUUCCAGGAACUUUAUAGUGGUAGCAGAGAUUGCAAUAUUCUUGCUUGGGUGCCAGCUUUACGUGAACCCCUCCCUGAUGAAGAUGAUGAGGUUGUAUCUCAUUCACAGAAAAAUCCAGCAUUUCAAGAUGCAUGGAGCAGCAGUGAUGAAGAAGGAUGAAUUUAAAUUAGUUGAUUGAAUAAGAGUGACUUUAUGCUCUCCAUUGAUAAGAAUCUGCAUAUUUAGACAAUUUUCUAUUGUCCAGGGAUUUUAUAAAGUUGUAAGAAGUAUCAGCAUGUAGAAAUGUCCUCUUUUUUUUGUCUUUUUGUAUUU